CAAUCUGUCUGUGUAUUAUGCCGAUGUUGCUUGGCUUUCAAACGGUUAGCUCGCUGCUAAUGUUAAUGUUGGCGAUUUUCGCCUAUUUUCCAUAAUUCUACUUAUAUCUUCAAAUAUUACACAGAGCUUGGCUACGGCGGUUUUGUUCUCCUUUUAACGACAGCUUCACAUUGCAUGGGACAAUGAAUGGACCCCCUACUCCGGCUGUGUGGAGAUGACCUGCCACCCCUUUGGGAAUGGUCAGAAUGGGGCCAGAUGUGCCCCUUCUUAACGAGUACAAGCAGGAGUUCUUCUGGAAGCGCUUCCCCCAGACCGUGUUGGGAGGUCCACGCUUCAAGUUGGGCUACUGUGCCCCCCCGUACGUGUACGUCAACCAGGUAGUCCUGUUCCUGACGCCAUGGCUUUUCGGGGGCAUUGGUACGCUGCUGUACCAGCUGCAGCUGCUUCAGGAGCUCCAUGCCACAGUGCUCUCCGGUAUGCUCAUGUUCGGGGCAGCAGCGGGUGUCCAGGCCCUGGCACUGUACGCCGAUCAGAGGACCGGCACGGUGGAGAGACUGGGUGCGCCCAACAUCCUGGUCGAUGACGAGGACGUGGAAUUCACCCACUGUGUCAGCUCAGAGACGGUCCGAUUUAUUGCCCCGGGGAAGCGGUUCGGACUGAAUGUGGUGCUACAUACAAUGCUCGCUGGGGUGCUCUGUGGCUUCGGGACGUGGUACGUGUUCCUCGGCAGACUGACCGCUCUUUAUGACAGCAUCGGCGUAUCCCUCGUCGUCUUCGUCCUGAGUUGGGUGACACUUUGUAUCGCGGAGUAUUCCCUCAUCGUAAAUACAGCCGCAGAGACGGCCACUUUCCACGCACAGGACACUUAUGAGAUCACCCCACUCACACGGCCCCUCUACAUUUUAAUUUUCAUUGCUGUGGACAUGGCGGAUAGGUUCUCCGGGCCUGCCCCUGAGCUCCAACUGGCCAGCCAGGUUCUCCAUGUGCUGUUCCUUUUCCUACCUCUGCUUUGGGCGCUCGGUAUACUGCCUCCCCUUGAUGCCCUGCUCCUCUGGGGCAUGGAGCAGACGCUUGUUUUUGGGUUAGGGGGCUCGCCCAUGUCCAGCAACCUCAGGCUGCUGCUGAUGUUCGGAACAUCUGCUGGCGUAGCAGUGUGUAAUUACUUCAUCCCAUCAACAUUGGGUGUGGUUCUCUUCUCCAUCUCGACGGGAUUUCUGCUGAGCCUGGACCUCAGCCAGGUUGGCACGCUCUGCAGAGGCCCCAGAGCAGCCUUUGGGGAACGCGGAUUUCGAAGAGGAGGGUCCUCAACUCCUCCACCCAGUUCAUUUGGCUGGAAUCUGGGCUGCAGGGAGCUGCUGCUCUAUUUGAGCCUGUUGUUGGUGGCGAUGUCAGAGGCGGGGCUGUUGCAUCACUUCCUCGGUUCAGCUCAGUCCCAGAGCUGGUUUAAGGGACCCCAGGCUCCUGUCAGCUACCUCCUGCUAGUGCUCUUCUGCUUCUGUUGGGCUCUCAGAGAAAUCCAGGGGGCCUAUGUAGUUGGAGGGGUAUUCCUUAAUCCGCUGUACCCUAAAGGCAUGUCCAAUGUGCAGACUUUCAAGCAGAGAAACAGAGGAUUAUACAUUGCUGCAGCAAUCAGAAGAGUUCUUCUUUAUCUCGUGUCUCCGUUUGCAAUGAUUGCUUUCCUGUCCCUGGACAAGUCUCUGCAUCUUCUCCACCGGGUUUCCCUCAGUGUGGGAUUCACACGAGCCUUUAGAGUGGUGUGGCAGAAUUCCGAGGAUGCCCUGCUGCAGAUGGUGGUGGUGGUCCUGGUGCGGCUUUCAGCUGGAAACGACAUGCUGCCAGGGUGGGACAACCUGGGCACAGGAGUUCAGCUUCUUGUGGUGGGCCUCCUGAUGGACCGAGUGACCCAGUUCCUCACCAAGCUAAAGUUCACCUUGACAGUGUUGGUGACCUCGUGGACGGAGAAGAAGCAGCGGCGUCAGUCGGCUGGAACCCUCUUGGCUCUGAAUGCCUCCCUAUGUCCACUGUUGCUCGCGGUGGUGACCCUGUCUGCACUGCUCUCCGCCCCUCUGCUGCCUCUCUUCACCCUGCCCAUCUUCCUGGUGGGGUUCCCGCGACCUCAGCGCAGCUGGCCGGGCCCCGUCGGUACCGCCUGUCCCUGCCCGGACUCCAUCUUCUACCAGCAGAUGAGUGGAAGUCUGGCCUCUGCUCUGAGGACGGCCUUUGCAAGAGGGUCACUGGGUUCUCUAGCCCCCGGCUCUCAUUUCCUCGGGCGCUUCCAGGACCGCAUGGUUUGGAUAAUGAUCCUGGAGAGAGGCUAUGGCUACUGCACAGUCAACAUCAAGGGCCUGGAGCUGCAGGAGACAUCUUGCCACACGGUGGAAGCCCGGAGGGUGGACGAGGUGUUCGAGGCUGCUUUUGAGCGUCCGGAGCGACUUGGUUUCACCCAGGGCUUUAACCUGCACUGGGCAAACGCCCUCACCCCCUGUGCGGCACUUGCAGUGCGAGUCUACUCUGAUGCCCGAAAUGUGCUCUCUGGCAUCAUCGACUCACAUGACAACUUGAGGAAACUUCAGGACGACUUUCUGAAAGCACUGGUCUGGUUGCUCCUCCGACACUGCGUGCAGAAGCAUAAGGGAUUUCUAUGGAUUAAUGAAGAAGGGCCAGGAGUUGGAGGGAGGAAGUCUCAGUCUUCCCACCUGGCCCAAACCACCUCUAACCAGCCACCUGAGGCUGUCGUGGUGGAAUCCAACGUGUCUUCUCUCAGGUUCAGACAGGACAGCUCCAGCCUGACCUCCUUCGGUGAUUGGUCGGAUGAGGACGACCUAUUUGGACCUCAGCCAGCCAGGCGGACGGUGGCAUUGGUGACCGCGGAGGCGCAGCUUGGACACGCGUCGCUGCAGGCGGGGGCCUCUCUGCCGGGCUCCGUGGGGAUGGACAGCCUUUUUGAAAACAUGGCUCUCUCCGCCCUGCAGCCACUGCAGCCUCUGGGUUUGGGCAUCGGGAUGCCGGCGCUGGAUAAAGGCCGGAACCCAGAGAUCUUCAGAGAGAGUCCUGGCUCGCUCCCUCAGCUGAACUUCAACUGCCCCCAGUCGGAGGUUUUUAACCUGCCGACAGGGUGGAGGACUGCGCCUCUGCUGACGUCCCGCCUGCUGCAGCUCAGGUCUCUGUUUCCUGACGACUGGUUUCGGUUCUCCAUGGGGCAGUUUGGGCCUGCUGUGCAGGACGAGACCUCGGAGGACAUGACCAAAGCCCUGAAGGAAGAUGAAGCUUUGAAAGAGCUGCACACACAGGUCGCACUUUCAUGUCUCAUCUCGCUGGGAGCCGAGUCUGCCUUCACCAGCCCCAGUUACGUCUACAGACUCUAUUGUGGAGAUAUACCAUGGACGGAAGGACUCGACUGGCUCUCCUCGAGUAAAGAACUUUACCAGCUUGCACUUCGGGCUUUCAGGUUCAGUUUCAAGUUGCUGUUCGAUCAGGCGAGUCUAGGUCCGGUGGAGUCCCCUGAGGAGUUGUUCAGCACCUUGGAGGUCUACGAAAGGGAUUGGUACAUCGGCCUGGUGACAGAGAAAGGCUGGCACGACAGUGUCCUUCAGGAGAAACCCUUCCUGUUCUCUCUAGGACAAGACCUUGCGAUGGGUACCUACACAGGGCGAGUCCUGUCCCUGCAGGAGCAGCUGGUGCAGGUGGGUCGUCUGAACGGAGAGGGGGUGCGAGGCCAGUGGGCGAACCUUUCCUGGGAGCUCCUGUAUGCUACUAAUGACGACGAGGAGCGUUACAGCAUCCAGGCUCACCCCUUCAUGCUGAGGAACCUAACUGUUCAGGCAGCUGAUCCCCCUCUCGGAUACCCAAUUUACUCCUCAGCCCCCCUCCACUUCCCCUGCCUCUGACAUCUUCUGCCCGUUCUCCUGGACGUGCUUUGAAGAGGCUGGAUGGAUGUUUGUCAGUCGGUACUACUACAGUAAAAAGUCCAUUUCCAAAGUAAAUUAUAUUAAAAAAUUCAUGUGGAAAAUAUAGUGAAAAGAAAAACAUUGACGUGAGUUCAGAAGACUGAUGUCCGUUGGAACGUUGUUUUGAAAUGAAUUACUUUGCAAAAUGUCAUUCAACAGAUUUUGACUAUGUGGACUACCUCCUGGAACGGCACAUAGAAGAAAAAAUCCCUCAUCAUUUGGUUUCUUUAUUAAAGUUUGUGCUUAAGUGAAUACAUUUGCCCACCUCCCUUCUAGAUAAUUAAAUUUUUAUUAUAAUUUUUAAAUUUCACAUUUUUUUGGUAAUCCCCUUUUAUGUCCUCAAAAACUGGACACGUUUUAAUGUUUUAAGAUGUCAAGGAUGUGCCUUGAGUGUGUCUUGCUGUAUGUGUAAGUAGUUUAGUGCGAUUGUUUUGUUUACAAUUCUAUUGUUUACAAUUUUUGAAUGAAUUUGUCCAUAUUCUUCUGUACAUAUUGAUUUUUAUAUGUUAAAAUGUAUACUCGUAAUAAAAUAGCCUGGCAGAA